AGCCCCGCCAGCCCCGCCAGCCCCGCCAGCCCCGCCAGCCCCGCCAGCCCCGCGAUGGCUUGGGCCGCGCUCCUCGGCCUCCUGGCCGCACUGUUGCUGCUGCUGCUACUGAGCCGCCGCCGCACGCGGCGACCUGGUGAGCCUCCCCUGGACCUGGGCAGCAUCCCUUGGUUGGGCUAUGCCUUGGACUUUGGAAAAGAUGCCGCCAGCUUCCUCACGAGGAUGAAGGAGAAGCACGGUGACAUCUUUACUAUACUGGUUGGGGGCAGGUAUAUCACCGUUCUCCUGGACCCACACUCCUACGACGCGGUGGUGUGGGAGCCUCGCACCAGGCUCGACUUCCAUGCCUAUGCCAUCUUCCUCAUGGAGAGGAUUUUUGAUGUGCAGCUUCCACAUUACAGCCCCAGUGAUGAAAAGGCCAGGAUGAAACCGACUCUCCUCCACAGAGAGCUCCAGGCACUCACAGAAGCCAUGUAUACCAACCUCCACACAGUGCUGUUGGGCGAUGCUACAGAAGCAGGCAGUGGCUGGCACGAGAUGGGUCUCCUCGACUUCUCCUACAGCUUCCUGCUCAGGAACUCCCUUGAUAAAACACAUUUGUGGACUGAAUCCAGUGUGUGGGCUGCACCUUUACAACUUCUGCCACCACUGUGCAGAGCCGGCUACCUGACUCUUUACGGAAUUGAGGCGCUGCCACGCACCCAUGAAAGCCAGGCCCAGGACCGUGUCCACUCAGCUGACGUCUUCCACACCUUUCGCCAGCUUGACCGGCUGCUCCCCAAACUGGCCCGUGGCUCCCUGUCAGUGGGGGACAAGGACCACAUGUGCAGUGUCAAAAGUCGCCUGUGGAAGCUGCUGUCCCCAGCCAGGCUGGCCACGCGGGCCCACCGGAGCAAAUGGCUGGAGAGUUACCUGCUGCACCUGGAGGAGAUGGGUGUGUCAGAGGAGAUGCAGGCACGGGCCCUGGUGCUGCAGCUGUGGGCCACACAGGGGAACAUGGGUCCCGCUGCCUUCUGGCUCCUGCUCUUCCUUCUCAAGAAUCCUGAAGCCCUGGCUGCUGUCCGCGGAGAGCUCGAGAGUAUCCUUUGGCAAGCGGAGCAGCCUGUCUCGCAGACGACCACUCUCCCACAGAAGGUUCUAGACAGCACACCUGUGCUUGAUAGCGUGCUGAGUGAGAGCCUCAGGCUUACAGCUGCCCCCUUCAUCACCCGCGAGGUUGUGGUGGACCUGGCCAUGCCCAUGGCAGACGGGCGAGAAUUCAACCUGCGACGUGGUGACCGCCUCCUCCUCUUCCCCUUCCUGAGCCCCCAGAGAGACCCAGAAAUCUACGCAGACCCAGAGGUAUUUAAAUACAACCGAUUCCUGAACCCUGACGGAUCAGAGAAGAAAGACUUUUACAAGGAUGGGAAACGGCUGAAGAAUUACAACAUGCCCUGGGGGGCGGGGCACAAUCACUGCCUGGGGAGAAGUUAUGCCGUCAACAGCAUCAAACAAUUUGUGUUCCUCGUGCUGGUGCACUUGGACUUGGAGCUGAUCAACGCAGAUGUGGAGAUCCCUGAGUUUGACCUCAGCAGGUACGGCUUCGGUCUGAUGCAGCCGGAACACGACGUGCCCGUCCGCUACCGCAUCCGCCCAUGACACAGGGAGCAGAUGGAUCCACGUGCUCGCCUCUGCCCAGCCUGCCCCAGCCUGCCCCAGCCUCCCAGCUUUCUGUGUGCACGGUUGGCCUGGGUGCAGGUGCUAGCAUUACCACUUCCCUGCUUUUCUCCCAGAAGGCUGGGUCCAGGGGAGGGAAAAGCUAAGAGGGUGAACAAAGAAAAGACAUUGAAAGCUCUAUGGAUUAUCCACUGCAAAGUUUUCUUUCCAAAAUCAGGCUUUGUCUGCUCCCAGUUCACCUCGUUACUCUCACCUCGUGAUAUCCACAAAUGCUAUUCAGAUAAGGCAGAACUAGGAGUCUUCACUGCUCUGCCCCCAACUCCCGGAGGCGUCACCUUCCUAAUUCUUAUGAGCUAGCAUGGCCCGGGCCUUAUCCAGUCAAAGCGGAUGCUGGCCACAGAAAGGCCACUCAGGAUGUCCUUUGUGUCCAUUGAUGUCAUUCAGCAGUCAGUCCCCCAAUAAUCCUUAAACUAGCUAAAACCAAAGGAGUCCCUUAGAAGAUCUGCUUCCCUGGGGCCCCAUUUGCCAGAUUGCCCCAUUGCUCACACUACUUGAGAAAAUGCAGGAGAGCUUCCCCCAAGGCUGAUGCAUUCCCGGUGCAGAACAGGGGCACCCUCCAAACACUGGGCUCUGAGGAGUGGAGUUCUCUGUUCUAGAGUGACAGGCACCAGAUGGGAUGGGCUGUCUCAGUGUCAGCACUCAGGUAGGGAGCUAAGGAAGACACAGCCCAGGCAAGAUGGCUGGAAGGAGCCAGCCAGGACUCCUUAGACUGAUCAAGCCAAAAAAGAAGGUGCCGAUUUCAUGCAUUCUAGUGCAGAAGCCCCAACUGUGAUCACGAUCCAGUCUGCAGACGUGUUUUGUUUGGACUUCACUUUAAAAAAUGCCUUAGUUGUUAUCAUCUUUGGGAGAGUUCAUUCAAAAUGUCCAGCUUCUCUUGAAAACUUGGUAUAUCUGGCCACACUGGGCUCACAUUCCCAAGGGUAACUCUUGGCCAGAGCUGAGGGGCAGCCGCCUCCCUUAUGCAGGACAUGUGCUCUCGGCUUCACCAGGGUUCUGACCGGGUCUGCUUCUGCAUUCACAGCGCCUCCUGGACCUGAAGGCAUCUGAGUGUGAGACCCUGUUCUAACUCUUAGAAGUGACAUUGUAAGAGGUGGUGGGGACCAGCUAAUUGGUCCAACCCAGCCUGAGUGCACCACCCUUUGAACAAAUGUAUCAGUGAUGAAAAUUUGCCUUUGCCCCGGCUUGCCUGUAAUCCCAGCACUUUGGGAGGCCGAGGUGGGCGGAUCACUUGAGGUCGGGAGUUCAAGACCAGCCUGGCCAACAUGGCGAAACCCCGUCUCUACUAAACAUACAAAAAUUAGUCAGGUGUGGCGGUGCGUGCCUGUAAUCCCAGCUACUCAGGAGGCUGAGGCACCAGAAUUGCUUGAACCCAGGAGGUGGAGGUUGCAGUGAGCUGAGACUGUGCCACGGCACUCCAGCCUGGGCGACAGAGCAAGACUCUGUCUCAAUAAAUAAAUAAUUAAUUAAAAUAAAAAACAGCUUAAAGAGAAAAAUGGCCUGCAAACCUUUUUUAUGAUGCUAUUUUUAUUAAUAUAAAGUCCUGUUUAUUGAGACCCUUUAAAUGCCUGCGAGAGACCCUACAGACAGUAUGUCUACUCCUCACAGCAUCUCUGUGAAGAGAAGGAGGGUUGUGCCCACUUCAUAGAUGAGAAAACUGAGAGGUGAGGUGACUUGCCUGGGGCCACAUAGUUCAUGAGCUGUAGAACUCUGCAGGCAGAUUUACUGUCCCAGGAGCAAAUGCUGGAUGAGCAACUCCUGUUCUUUGGGCUCAAGGGGACUGGUGAUGGGACAAUUCUUCUCGACUUCAGGAGCUGACAGAGCCAGAGGCACCUAAACAUGGGUACAUCUUGUAAGACACAUAAUGAGGUCCCUCUAGCUUUAGCUGGAGGGAGAUAAAAGAACCCCAGACCUCUGAAUGUCCCAGAGGCUAGUCUCUUCUCAGAGCAGCACUGGGGUUUGGGGGCUUCCCUGGGCCUCAGCCUCCAGGCACCCCCAGGAUUCCCAGAGAGACGCUGUGAUUGGCAGGAGGCAGGAUAUCCCCAGGGAAACCCAUCUUCACGCCUGGGUGACCCCCACUGCCGCCUCCUUCUUAACUCUGCAGGAAAUCAGAGCUGGCAGCCUCCAGUGGGAGGACAGAGCCGGUUUCCGUGGCAACCCUCAGCUGCCUCAUCGUGGCUGGGAAGGGAAGGAAGCAAGCCGGCAGAAAUAGCUAUGGAAGGUCUUGCGCAGGCUGCAACCCUGGUGUGCUGGGGGAAAACCCUUAUGACUCCCCCUUCCAAAUCAGGCUGGGUUGUCACUGAGACUAGAUUCUCACCUGCCUUCAAAGAAGGGCCAAUUCCCUUUAAAGGUCGCACCUCCUUGGAACCACAGUCAUUAGUGAAUUACACUCAAGGAAAAGACGUGCUCCCACCAGGCAGCUCCAGCUGUUACCUGAGAUACUGAAGUGCAGCUCAGGAGACGAUUAUUUAAACCUGCCCUUGUUUUAAUCGUUAUUUUUCUCUUUGAAAAAAAAAAGAAGCUAUAAAGAAAAGAGGGAGAGAUGAGUGGGUUAGCUACCUGCUAUGCGCUAGUUAGGAAGUUACCUGGAUGCCAUUGUAUUUCUUCAUCCCUUGCUUAAGAAUCAAAAUUGCUGGACAUAUGUUAGGAAUACUCUUUCUUUCUUUCUUUCUUUUUAAGCUCAGUGGCAAGAAUGAAAUACUCUUUUUUUUUUUUUUUUGAGAUGGAGUCUCGCUCUGCUGCCCAGGCUAGAGUGCAGUGGCGCCAUCUUGGCUCACUGCAAGCUCUGCCUCCCGUGUUCACACCAUUCUCCUGCCUCAGCCUCCCGAGUAGCUGGGACUACAGGCGACCGCCACCACACCCAGCUAAUUUUUGGAUUUUUAGUAGAGAUGGAGUUUCACCGUAUUAGCCAGGAUGGUCUUGAUCUCCUGAGCUCGUGAUCUGCCCGCCUCUGCCUCCCAAAGUGCUGGGAUUACAGGUGUGAGCCACCGUGCCCAGCCAAGAAUAAAAUACUCUUAAGUUGAUCUAAUGAAGUGUUUCCUUACCAUUGUGAUUAUUGUUACUAUUAUUUGCUAUAUUUUAAUAUUGUUGUUUACCAAAUAUUCUCCUUUAAACAGACUCGCUUUUUAAACUUUUUUUUUUUUUUUUGAGAUGGAGUUUUGCUCUUAUUGCCCAGGCUGGAGUGCAGUGGCACGAUCUCAGCUCACCACAACCUCCACCUCCUGGGUUCAAGCAGUGCUCCUGCCUCAGCUUCCCAAGUAGCUGAGAUUACAGACGCACACCACCACGCCCAGCUGAUUUUUUUAUUUUUAGUAGAGACGGGGUUUCACCAUGUUGGUCAGGCUGGUCUCGAACUCCUGACCUCGUGAUUUUCCCGCCUCGGCCUCCCAAAGUGCUAGGAUUACAGGCAUGAGCCACCAUGCCCGGCCUAAACUUUUUUUUUUUAAUGAACUUUUUUCCCCCCAAUUGCUGCCAAUAGUGGAAAACAUGUAUCACUCACUGCCAAAAAUAGAAAGUGACCAUGAAAAAUAAAUUCGCUGGGGAGGGGGGCUCCAUGCUGGUGUGGCCAAGGCUGAGAGCUCUCUCUUCUCUGUUACAAAACGAGAUAAGCAAGUGUUAGCAUUGCCUUAAGGCCACACUGGCAUCUCCCUGAGCUUCUCCAGGGACAGAAGCAGCAGUAAGUUUCUCAUCCCAUGGGCGACCAGGGCCAUCUCCUCCCACCAGUGGCCCCCACUCACAGGGAGCUGGCAAUGCCCUACCUGCCUGUUCUCCAGAUGGAGAAACAGGCUCUGAGAGUUCACAGGUCUUGCCCAAAGUCAUUGAUUUUGAUGAUUAAAAAGAAUAAACACAGUGUUUCCUGAGUAGCAGUGAUUGUUAUGCCUUGCUAUUUUAAUAAAGAUUCUAUUUUCGUAUAACAUUGUCAAGUGGAAACAUGCUGAAAUCUAUUAAACCAUCUUUGUUUGUGGAA